AGGUAAUGCAGCGACCAUUGUUGCUUUCAAUUUUCGCCGUUGUUCCUGUUCUCUCAUCGAUAUUCUCAUCAUCACAAGAUAGUCAGCUUAUGCAUCUUUUGCAAACAUCACGGACGGCUAAUGAUGGCUAUCCCGAAUGGAUUUUGCAACCAACGGCGAAGACAGUGAAAAAAUACGACAGAAAUUGCUUCUUCAGUCCUGUUCAGUGUAUGUUGAGCUUCAAUCAGCCGUCGAGCGAUGACCCUAUCCUCUUCACGACGAAGAUCAAACGUUACUUUUAUCGAAAGUAGUGGAUGUCAUGAUGAUUGUAAUUUGAUGAUGAUGAUGAUGAUGAUCUCAGCAGAUUUACAUAUAUGUUAUAUGUCGAAUGUGUUGUACACAUGGUCACUUAAUCUAUAUCUGUGUAAAAUUUUGAACUUUUUUCAAAAUUUAGAAUCCGGACAUUGCGGC